CAAGAAAAAGAUUAACAACAAUAAAAAACAACAUGAAAGUAUCAAUCGUAAUGGUGGUUUCUUUGUUGGUAUUGAUGAUACAAUGGUCAGAUAUCCAUGCUUUUCCAAGUCCAAUCGAAACAUUUGCCAAUUUUUUUAAAUGUACAGCAUUACAUUUAAGCGAACAAUGUUUGGAUCUUGCAUACCGAUGUCUUCUAUUAGCAAAUCCAUGGAAAUGUUUUAAAACAUUAAAAUGUGCAGAAUUAAGUUUAGCUCAGUGUACGAUUAUUGAAUAAUCAUUGAUAAAUUCAUAAUUUAACUUUACAAGGAAUCUAUUUAUGAGCAUAAUA